AUGGUGUCCUCCAUGGAACUCCUAAGGCUUCCAAGUUGGCUCAUGAACCAAGUGCUUGUUAAAUCAUGUUAUGGAGUAGCAAGGAAAAUUAAAAACCAUGGUUUUCAUUGGGGUGAACUUUCAUCUGAACCAGUGGAACAACCUUCCUCAUUCCCUAAUAUUGUCAAUUGUGAUUUGGAGGGUAGAGGGUCACAAACCCUUGCUUGUGACUUCCACAAAGUCCUCUUAAGAACUCAUUCCUUCUUUCCCUAUUUCAUGUUGGUUGCCUUUGAAGGUGGAAGCAUUUUCAGGGCUUUUCUCUUGCUUUGUUCAUGUCCUAUGCUGUGGAUUAUGAACUAUGAAAUGAAGCUCAGACUCAUGAUCUUCAUCUCCUUUUGUGGACUCAGAGUGAAGGACAUGGAGAACACUUCAAGGGCAGUUUUGCCCAAGUUUUACUUGGAGAACCUCAACCUUGAGGCCUGUGGGGUAGCGGCUUCAGCAGGGUCCAGGGUUUUCUUCACCACAAUGCCUAGAGUGAUGGUGGAAGGGUUUCUGAAGGAGUAUUUGAAUGCUGAUGCUGUUUUAGCCACCGAGUUGCACACUGCUGGCUGUUACUUCACUGGUUUGCUCUCUAAAUCUGGUUUGCUUGUGAAGCAUGCUGCUCUCAUGGAUUAUUUUGGAGAUACAAAGCCUGACCUUGGUAUUGGUAACACAAGUCUUCAUGAUCAACUUUUUAUUUCUCGUUGCAAGGAGGCAUAUGUGGUGAUGAAUGAGAAUGGAAAAGUGAUGCCAAGGAGCAAAUAUCCAAAGCCCUUAAUAUUUCAUGAUGGAAGACUAGCAUUCUUGCCUACUCCUUCAGCAACCCUCUUUAUGUUCAUGUGGCUUCCAAUUGGAUUUUUGAUGGCCCUUUACAGAAUCUUUCUGGGUGUGUUCCUUUGUUGUAAAUUCACGAUGGCAUUAGGAGUGUGGAGUGGCAUGAAUCUGAAUUUCAAGGACAAUAACCGACAAAGAUCAGAGACAAAUAAAGGGGUGCUUUAUGUUUGCACUCACAGAACUCUCUUGGAUCCAAUUUUUCUCAGCACAUUUUUGGGGAGGCCUCUGACUGCAGUCACAUACAGCUUAAGCAAGGUGUCUGAAUUGAUAGCCCCUAUUAGGACCAUAAGACUCACAAGGGACAGAGAACAGGAUGGGGAAACUAUGAAGAGGUUGCUUAGUGAAGGGGAUUUGGUGGUGUUCCCUGAAGGAACAACUUGUAGGGAGCCCUAUCUGUUAAGGUUCAGUUCCUUGUUUGCAGAACUAGCUGAUGAGAUUGUGCCUGUGGCUAUGAAUGCUGAAGUGAGCAUGUUCUAUGGGACCACAGCAAGUGGGCUAAAGGUGUUGGAUCCAAUUUUCUUUUUCAUGAACCCUAAGCCUAGAUAUGAGAUUGAGAUCCUUGCAAAGGUUCCUAAGGAGCUCACAUGUGCUGGUGGAAGGUCAAGUCAUGAAGUAGCAAAUUACAUACAGAAACAGUUGGCUUAUGCUUUGGGAUUUGAGUGCACCAACCUUACACGGAGGGAUAAAUAUAUGAUGCUGGCUGGAAAUGAAGGGGUUGUUCAAGAAAAGAAGGGGAGAAGAUUCUGCUAA